CGGCUUCUGGGCAUGUCGGAGUUGUCGUUCUUAGUUGAAAUCUCUUCACCAGAAGGUAAAAAUCCAGAGCCCACCCAAAAUGGCGAGAAGGGUAAUGGCUUUCGCCUUUCCUCGUAUUUUUACAUGAUGGCGACGAAAAUAUGAUAUGAAUGCAGGGGAAUCGUCCAUCAUCUUCCGAGUUUUUUUGUCUGAAAACGUCAGAUUUUGGGAUUGUCCUGUUUAAGCUGUGCGCCCAUUGUCUGAUGUUGUUGUUUUAAUUAUGCUGUAAGUCGUAUAGGACAGACGUAGAACUUGAAAAUUGUUGUUGAAAAACAUUCUAGAAGUGUUACAAUUUUGAUUGCCGACACCCAGUUUGAAGAAACUGAACAAGAACAAUGAGAGAAUAUAAGGUAGUGGUUUUAGGGAGUGGUGGUGUUGGUAAAAGUGCACUGACAGUAAAGUUUGUGUCCGGAACAUUUAUGGAGAAAUAUGACCCAACGAUUGAAGACUUCUACAGGAAAGAGAUUGAAGUGGAUUCUGCUCCUUCAGUCUUGGAAAUCCUUGACACGGCUGGAACUGAACAAUUCGCCUCCAUGAGGGAUUUAUAUAUAAAGAAUGGACAAGGAUUUGUUAUCGUGUACAGUAUAACAAGCUUACAAACUUUCCAAGAUAUCAAAUCCAUGAAGGAACAAAUUAUGCGUGUGAAAGGGAUUGAGAAUAUUCCAAUGAUAUUAGUGGGAAAUAAAGCCGACUUGGAGCACCAAAGGGAAGUGCCGUCAAAAGAAGGCGCAACAUUAGCUCAAAUAUGGGGAUGUCCCUUCUUAGAAACCUCGGCCAAAAAUACUCAAAAUGUCAAUGAAGUUUUCAUAGAAAUUGUAAGGGAGAUGAACACUAGUCCAGUGAAGGAAAGCAACGGAUGCUGCUGUAUAGUUUGAAAACAGGCUGUCUGAGCUCUUCAAAACUAUCGUAUCACAUGACAGAAAACGGAGGAGGUCAAGCUGCAGCAUUAGAGCCAUACUAAGAAAUCUUAACUCAGUGCUGUGUGGGACAUGACUCCUGGUGGCCCCCACUGGAUGUUGAUCAAGGCCCUGAUGAAUUUGCAGAUUCUGAAGACAACUUACUCCUCCGAAGAGAAACAACUUAUGGAUAUAUAUAUCAAAAAUUCAUAUUGCUGAAUUACUUAAAAAAAAAAAUAGUGUCAAUAUCAUCAUGGAACUUUUCACUGCUAACCUGAAAUCAAAAUUGUUAAUUCUUAAUGUAGUCCUUGUCGAAGUUACUUGUUGAAUUCUUGUGGAUAAGGGAGGUAAGUUUCAUUGACUGGAAGUUAUUAUUUGUCAAGAGAGAUAACAUCCAUUGACUGGAACUUAUUAUUUGUCAAGGGAGAUAACUUUCAUUGACUGGAAGUUAGUAUUUGUCAAGGGAGGUAACUUUCAUUGACUGGAACUUAUUAUUUGUCAAGGGAGAUAACUUUCAUUGACUGGAAGUUAUUAUUUGUCAAGGGAGAUAACUUUCACUGACUGGAAGUUAUUAUUUGUCAAGGGAGAUAACUUUCAUUGAAUGGAGGUUAUUGUUUGACAAGGGACAUAACUUCUAUUGACUGAAAGUUACUGUUUUAGAGAUGUUGAAAUGUAAAAAGAACACAUGCAUUCUAUAAUGAUAUUUUGAUCAUUAUUCAAGAUUUUAUAGAUCUGAAAGAUGUUGAACCAUUUCUUAUUAUCCAGUGUAUUAACUCUGUAAGUGCACCGAAAAUGUAUAUACAGAAUGUUAUAUUUGUAUUCUUUGUUAUCAAGUAGGUAAAUUAUUUAGUAGCUUGUACAUAACUCAAUAUCAUAAGAGGAGAUUUAACUGAUCAACAUAUGCUAAUUACUGUUCAAAUGGAGAAUAUCUAAAACUCAAAAUAACUCAAUAUGCAGAAUUCAAUGUUAAGUGUAAAUUUGAAGCAUUGCUACAAAACUGUUGUUAUAUACAUACAGGUGUAUGUACAUGUAUGAGAUUUUCAGCCCUGAAUUUACAUCGCUAAAUGGAUAUUGUGCAACUACGUUAUUUUCAUCAUUGAUAUUUACAUUAAGAACAUGAAUAUGAUAUAAUGUAAUUGAUGUUCAACAUUUUGCUUUACAUUUAGUGAGUUACUACUUACACUGACAGUCUGUAUACAGUUGUUAUAUUGUAUUAUUGUUAAGUGAGACAAAAUACCGUGACAGACAAGUCUUUGUUCUAUACUUUCCUACAUCAUCAACAAAUUAAUUUGAUUAAGCCAAUCAUGCUAUAACAUGCAGUUUCUAGUGUUAACAGAUCAUGGAAAUAUUAACUUGUUAUUUCUAUUGUAAAUGCUGGUAGAAAACAAAAACCUUGCAGGCAGGAAUUCAGAUUUUAUUCAAGGAUUGUUUGGAUCCAAAUGUCUUUCCACGAAUUUGGAAUAUGAAUGAAAUUCAUGAAAUAUGUCAACUAUGUCAGUUCUGGUAUUUGGUCAACAUUAUGUUAAAAAGGAAGAGGAACUUUCAGAAAACAUGAAGUUGAUGUGUUUUAAUUUUUUGUUAUUAUGGAAGUAUGAAAUCAAUUGUUAUCAUUAAUAUUUAGAAUGGAAGUUAACAGAUUUAUUUUGUAAGUGAUUUUUGUUUAUCAUUAUCAAACUUUUAGAGCGUUCAUUUCAAUGCUUAAAUAAGAGUUCAAAACAAGAUGGGCAUAUUUUGAUAAAGUAAACCAUGACUACUUCAGCUGUUGAGCGUUCUCUGGUUUCCUUCCCUUCUCCUGCAUUCGGACAGUGGUGAAUGUGAACUUAGUUUUCGAGGAGAAGGGUACUGACGAAGCAGAGAAACGUUGAACUGUGUAAGAUCUGAUGACUAUCCCUGAUAAUUGAUUGGAUUCCGUUAAUAGACUUGUCAGUGUGACUCCAUCACUGGGGAGGACUUUGAAUUAUUUGACUGUGCCUGUUGUAUAAUGUAAUGUAUUGAUGUUUUAUGUAGCAAAGGUUGUCUGAAAAAGAAACAAGUUAUAUUUGGUGUUUAGUGCACUGAAACAGGGCCUAUUUUAUGACAUACAUACAAAUUUCAUAUUUUAUAUUUUAUUUUCUCUCUUGACUCCAUCCAUUUUACAGUAGACAAGGAAUUGACACAAAGUCCCACCUAAGAUUCAAAUGUAUAUUGUAUUGCAAAUGUAUACAUAUAUAUAUGUAUAGUACAGAUAUAUGGAUUUUGGGUUAGGGAUUUGUGUCAAGUCCCUGUAUUAUUCUACAUCAAUAGAAUCAUUCUGUCAAAAAUCCCCACCAUGGACCAAACUCUUGACCUUUAAUGUACUCGAAAUAAUUUCACUUGUAACUCAUAAUCACAGGAAGUCAUCACAGUAGCCUUGAGGGGUCACGACAUUGACCUUUUAGGGUCAUUGUAAUGACCUUCAAUGCUUAUCAUAAUGACCUUCAAGAUUAAUUGCUGAGAACUCAUUAAACCUUACAAGGUCAUCACUUUUGACCAAUAUUAAAGGUCAUCUGUAUAAUGUGAUGGGUCACUGCAAUGUUGUUUAUCCCUGAUGUCCUCUAGGGGGCACUGCAAUACCAUAUAUGGUCAUCCUUAUUACUUUUAAGGGUCUUCACAAUGAUAAAAAGAACCAACUGUGUCUGCUUUGUCAAUGACAAUCACACAUUUGUAUAUUUGUGUAAAUGACACUCAUUUCAAGCUCUAAAGCUACCAGGAUCAUUCAGCUGUAUAUUGCAUUGUAUUCAAGCUUUUCAGAUACCAUGAUCAAUCAGCUGUAUGUUUUGUUGAGACCAAUUUCUAUCUUGUUCAAAUUCACUGAAAAAAGUUUUAAUGCUUUGACUUCACAAGUCUGUCAGUGUCAAAAAUGAAUGAUGAUUUAAAUGUGUGUAUCAUACAUGCUUAUAUAAAAUCACCAACAGUUCAAUAGACCACAGCUGUAAAUAUUGAAAUACGUCUGUUUGUCCUUAGGAAGAGAUAACAUUGCUUUAUUUGUAACAUCCUGUACAGGGUAUACAUGAGAUUUGUGUAAAGGAUGGAUGUAUUGGAUAUUUACUGUGUCCCCAAUAAUGUUGUAUCACUCUUUGUAUUAAUUGAAUUAUUUGGAUUUAAAAACAGAUGUUAUUGAGAUCUUACAAAUGAAACUCAAACCAAGAAAUAAAAAAUAACCUUGCCUGGAUAUUUGAUAGAAAUUUUUAUAGUGAAACCAUAAUUUAAGGAAAUCUAUUUGUCAAUUUUACUAAAAGAUGCUGCUUAUGUUUUUACAGUUUGUUACACCAAACCUUAAAAUGUUUUUCUUACACAACAGUUGUGGAGACAAAAAAAACAGUGUUUAUGUUGGAUUUCACUACUUGGUCAUGUUUGAGAAUGUAAAUGUUAAUAUCUUAAAUUAAUAAUUCAAAUGAAAUCAACUGUUGACAAUAACAACUUGUGCAGCUAGCUGUACCCUGUGCUGUUUUAUAGCAGGACCUGUACUGUUUUGUGAUGAUCUACAUUGUAAUCAGUAAGAUGUAUUUAACUGCUUGAAUCUAUCGUGUUUGGCACUGCUGACAUUGUGCUUACUUUUGUUUGGUGAAUAUUGACUUGUGCUAUUCUCAUGCACAUAUACACUUGUUAUAUUGAGUAGCCAAUCUGUGGCUGUAUAGUAGUUAUAUUGAGUAGCCAAUCUGUGGCUAUAUAGUAGUUAUAUUGAGUAGCCAAUCUGUGGCUAUAUAGUAGCAAUGUUGUGCUCUAUACAUGUUUUCUGCAGGCCAGAUUGCUACCGUUGAGUCAGGGUUUAAACUGUCAAGAGUAGAAGAGUUAUUUCCCCUUGAAUGUUAAUUUUUAGCGUGAUUAUCUCCCUUAGACAGGAGAUUAAACAGUGUAUUAAAAAACUACUCCUCAAUGUAAAGUUGACAUAUACCUAAUAUUUUUAUGUAAAUUUUUAAUCAAGAACUAUUGUAUACUUUGAAAAUAAAAAUAAUUUUUUUCAUA